UUGCAUUAAUGCAGGGCCUGUGGGGGUGGGGCAGACCUGGCCCUGGGCUCCCACUGCCAUCUGCUCCUCCAGGGCUGGCGACACUGAGAGGAUGCUGGGCCGCUUCCCGCUCACCCUGGUGCUGCUCAGCGCCACCCUGGGCCUGGCUACAGCGGCGCUGACAGGAAUCCACCAAGCCGGGUACUGCUCCUACUACGGCGAGUGCGGGCGGAACCCCGAGAUCAACGUGAGCCUGCUGUGGUCGCCGGUGCCCUGCCUCUCCAACACACCGGCCCGGCUGCUCAAAGACGCCACCCUCAGCAAGCUGAAGGAGGUGUGCCCCCAGCUGUACAUGGGCGAGAACACCACGUACGCCUGCUGCUCCUACAACCAGCUGGUGGCCCUGCAGCUCAGCCUGGCCAUCUCCCAGGCCGUCCUGACCCGCUGCCCCGCCUGCUCUGAGAACUUUGCCAACGUCUACUGCCAGAACAUCUGCAGCCCCAACCAGAGCCUCUUCACCAACGUCACUCGCUUCUUCAACCGCACCACCAUCCUGGGCACGCGCCAGGUGGGCGUGCUGGAGUACCAGUGCUUCUACAACCAGAGCUUCGCUGACCAGUCCUACAACUCCUGCAAGGGCGUCCGGAUCCCUGCCACUGGUGGCUACGCCAUCGCUGCCAUGUGCGGCAAGUACGGUGCCACCCUGUGCACCAGCCAGCGCUGGCUGGACUUCCAGGGGGACAGCAGCAACGGGCUGGCCCCGCUGGAUAUCGACUUCCAGCUGGUGCCCGCCAAUGGUGCCGUUGGGGAGGGCAUCGUGCCGCUCAACGGCAAGACUUGGCGCUGUGGUGAGGCCGUCAGUGCCGACGGGGAGCCGUGCUCCUGCCUGGACUGUGCCGAGUCCUGCCCACAGAUCCCCGCCCCCACGCCCCAGCCCCCGCCCUUCAAGGUGGGCAGCCUAGACGGGGUCUUGUUUGUGUGCUGUCUGCUCUUCUGCCUGCUGACCGUGCUCUUCGGGGCCUUCCUGGUGUGGCGCUGCGUCUCCAGAUCCAGGCAGGCCAGCGGCAAGGGGGGCCAGCACCAGAGGGACCGGAUGACACGCUCGGAGAGGCUCAGCCAGGCCACCCACCGCGUCCUGGGGGAGAUGUUCAGGAGAUGGGGCACCAUGGUGGCUUCCCACCCAGUCUCGGUCAUCUUGGUUUCAGCCGUGGUGGUGAUAGGACUCUCCUGCGGGAUGGUCUUUAUCCAGCUCACCACCGACCCCGUGGAGCUCUGGUCCUCGCCCGACAGCCAGGCCCGGCAGGAGAAGGACUUCUACGACCAGAACUUCGGGCCCUUCUUCAGGACCAACCAGGUGAUCCUCACUGCCAAGGGCCUCCCCAGCUACACCUACGACUCCCUCCUCCUAGGCAAGAAGAACUUCAGUGGGAUCCUCUCCAUGGCUGUCCUGCUGGACCUGCUGGAGCUGCAGACGCGGCUGCAGGAGAUCGAGGUCUGGUCGGAGAAGGAUGGCAGGAACGUGACGCUCAAGGACGUCUGCUGCCCCCUGAACCCCAACAACACCAGCGCCACCGACUGCUGUGUCAACAGCCUGGCGCAGUACUUCCAGAACAACCGCACCCGCCUGGAGAUGACGGCCAGCCAGACGCAGGGGGGCCAGACGGGCAUGGUGGACUGGAAAGACCACUUCCUCUACUGCGUCAACUCGCCUCUCUCCUUCAAGGACAUCACCAACCUGCAGCUGAGCUGCAUGGCCGACUACGGCGCGCCCGUCUUCCCCUUCCUGGCUGUGGGUGGCUACACAGGUGAAGAUUAUUCGGAGGCCCAGGCACUGAUCCUCACCUUCUCGCUGAACAACUACCUGCGCAGCGACCCGCGCUACGCCUGGGUGCUGCUGUGGGAGCAGCGCUUCCUGCAGGUGGUGGGGGAGUUCCAGCGGACCCACGCCCACACCUACACCGUCGCCUACAUGGCCGAGCGCUCCCUGGAGGACGAGAUUAACCGCACCACGGCCGAGGACAUCCCCAUCUUUGCCAUCAGCUACCUGGUGAUCUUCCUCUACAUCGCGCUGGCCCUGGGCGAGUAUUCCAGCUGCAGGCGCAUCCUGGUGGACUCCAAGGUGACGCUGGGCCUGGGCGGGAUCCUGGUGGUGCUGGGUGCCGUGUUCUCCUCCAUGGGCUUCUAUGCCUACGUGGGGCUGCCCUCCUCCCUCGUCAUCAUCGAGGUGGUUCCCUUCCUUGUGCUGGCUGUGGGCGCUGACAACAUCUUCAUCUUUGUGCUGGAAUACCAGAGGUCGGUGCGGGAGCCGGGCGAGCGGCGCGAGCAGCAUAUCGGGCGGGUGCUGGGCACUGUGGCACCCAGCAUGCUCCUGUGCAGCUUCUCCGAGGCCACCUGCUUCUUCCUGGGCUCCCUGACACGGAUGCCAGCGGUUCGCACCUUUGCUCUCAAUGCCGCCCUGGCUGUGCUCUUUGACUUCCUGCUCCAGAUGUCCAUGUUCGUGGCGCUGGUCUCCCUCGACGCUCGCAGGCAGGAGGCCGCCCGCCUCGACCUCUGCUGCUGCCACCGCCUGAGCAAGGCGGGGUGCCCGGCGCGGAGUGAGGGGCUGCUGCGCCCCUUCAUGCGGCGCAUCUACACCCCCGUGCUGCUGAACCGUGUCGUCAGGGCCCUGGUGAUGCUGCUUUUCCUGUUCAUGUUCUGUGCUGGGAUCUACCUGGCGCUGCAGGUGCCCGUGGGGCUGGACCAGGAGCUGGCGAUGCCCAAGGACUCCUACAUGGUGCAAUACUUCCAGUACCUGAACCAAUACUUCAUGGUGGGCCUGCCCACCUACUUCGUCACCACUGGCGGUUACAACUUCUCCACCGGGCCCGGCAUGAACGGCGUCUGCUCCAGCGCCGGCUGCGACAACAACUCCCUGACCCAGAAGAUCCAGUAUGCCACAAGCUUCCCCAACGUAUCCUACCUGGCCAUCCCUGCCUCGUCCUGGGUGGAUGACUUUAUUGACUGGCUCCACCCGCUGUCAAGAUGCUGCCGCAUCAGCUCCAGCGACAGCCAGUUCUGCCCGUCCACUGACACAACCGCCAGCUGCCCGUUCAGCUGCAUGAGGGACCUGAGCGAGGUCAUUCGCCCCUCCGUGGAGCAGUUCAACCAUUUCCUGCCUUGGUUCCUGCACGACAUGCCCAACCUCAACUGCCCCAAAGGGGGGCUGGGAGCCUACGACACUGCUGUGAAGCUGGGCCCAGACGGCGAGAUCCAGGCCUCGCGGUUCAUGGCCUACCACACGCCCCUCACUAACUCCCAGGAGUACACGGCCGCGCUGCGGGCGGCACGGGCGCUGGCGACCAACAUCACCAACUCCAUGCGGCGGGUGCCGGGCACCGACCCCAACUUCCGGGUCUUCCCUUAUACGGUCACCUACGUGUUCUACGAGCAGUACCUCACCAUCGUCAAUGAGGGGCUCUUCAACCUGGCGCUCUGCCUGGUGCCCACCUUCGCCGUCUGCUGCGUGCUGUUGGGUAUGGACCUGCGCUCGGGCCUCAUCAACCUGCUCACCAUCAUCAUGAUCCUGGUGGACACCGUGGGCGCCAUGACGCUCUGGGACAUCAGCUACAAUGCCAUCUCCCUCAUCAAUCUGGUGACGGCCGUGGGCAUCUCGGUGGAGUUCGUGUCCCACCUGACCCGGGCCUUUGCCGUCAGCACCCAGCCUACUCGGCUGGAGAGGGCCAAGGAGGCCACCAUCAACAUGGGCAGCGCGGUCUUCGCGGGCGUGGCCAUGACCAACCUGCCGGGCAUCGUGGUGCUGGCAUUCGCCAAGGCCCAGCUCAUCCAGAUCUUCUUCUUCCGCCUGAACCUGCUUAUCACGCUGCUGGGCCUGCUGCACGGCCUGGUCUUCUUGCCUGUGCUGCUCAGCUACUUCGGGCCCAGCCCCAGCCCUGCUGCAGCCCUGGCCGAGGCCCCGCAGCCGGAGCCGGAGAAGAGGAGCCCUGAGGGUAGUCUGACCGCGAGGAACCCCAGCUUCCAGGACAAGGAAGAGCAGAGCAAGGGCCGGGGCUCCGGAGACCCCCCCAUGGCCUCCCACCGCCUCUGAGGGGCAGAGCCAGGGGGCACCGAGCUGCUGCUACUGCCGGGGGGUCACUCCUCUCUGACUCAAUGCGGGUCGGGGGGUUCCGCUGCUGGACAGCCCCCCCCCCUUUGCAUCUUCAAAUCUCCCCCCCCACUGCCUCGGAGGGCCCCCACGCACUCAGUGCCAGCUCCAGGGCAGAGCCCGGGGGUGCUGUGCUGCAGGGAGUGAGCUGGGGUUCCCCACCUCCAGCACUGACCUCGACGUCCUAGCUCGGCACUAGGGGGCGCUGUCUCCUCACACUCAGUGCUGCCCCAGCAAGACACCCCGUCACUCGGGCCCCUAGGGGGGCGCAUGCACUUUCCUUGCCCAGCGAGUUGUCAGCCCCUAGGACCGGCCGAGCUAGGGGGGCCUGCAUCUCUCUGAUCCCCAGAAGUCUGGGGCCUCUGAUUUGCUGUGUUUAAUUCCAGGCAGAUUCUGGCCCUGGGGCCGGGUGGAACCCGCCUCUCAGUGUUUACAUAACAAUUUACUACCUGAAUUAUAUUUAAACCUUGU